GUAACCCCAGGAAUGUGCAUGUACUGCACAAUUCAGAACAACCAGCUUCAGUUUUCGCUGUAUUGGAAUCUGGCACGAAAAUGGUCCCGCUGAUAGCGGAUGGUCUUUUUGAUUUGCUUAUGAUCAAACUGACGAGUAUCUACACCAGCAAAAAACAAACGAAAAUUGAAUCCAAAGGACCUCGUUUUGAAGUUGGGGAUUUUUGUGUAAAACUCGGCAGUGUUACGAUGAGCCAGAACUUCAAAGGAGUCCUCGUUGAGGUGGAAUAUAGACCAUGCGUUGUUCCUGGAAAUGCUUGGGACUUAAUGCGAGAAUUUCUUCAAGGCUUUCUUGGAUCCGCAGUUUCAAAUCAAGCACCGCAAUAUCUUCAGAGUCGUAUGAACGAAAUAUAUCAACCGAUGGAUACGAUUCAGCAGUAUUUGGAGCACUUUGGCCAAUAUCGGAAAGCAACUGGAGUUACUUCUUCCACAACGAUAGGUGAAAUUAAACAAGAGCUUUUUAAAAGUAAAAAAGCACCUUAUGUGGAAAGACAAAGCUUGCGAACUCAACCGAAAGGAAAGUCAUUGUCGGACUCGGAAGUAGUCAAACAAUUGGAUUUAACGUCCGGAAAAUUAUAUUAUAAGGAUCUGGGUCCACAAAUUGGAUGGAAAACUGUUUUCCUAGUCGAAUAUGCAGGACCUAUGAUUGUUUAUCUUUGGCUUUUUCAAAGACCAUGGAUAUUUUAUGGCACUGUAGACAAUAAAAUGCACAGCACAGCACAGUUCGCAGCCAUCUGCUGGACAAUUCAUUAUGCAAAGCGUCUUUUGGAAACAUUAUUCGUGCACCGCUUUAGUCACGCGACGAUGCCGUUGCGAAAUUUAUUUAAAAAUUCCUCGUAUUAUUGGCUUUUUGCGAUGUACGUCGCCUACCACAUGAACCAUCCUCUCUACACGUCGCCCAAUCAAACCCAAGUUUUCAUCGGGGCAGCAAUUUUCUUGAUUUGCGAAGCGGGCAAUCUCAGCAUUCACUUGGCUCUCAGAAAUUUGAGACCUGCAGGAACCACUGUCAGAAGAAUUCCUCAAGCAACCGCAAAUCCUUUUACUCUUCUUUUUAAUUUAGUCUCUUGUCCCAAUUACACCUACGAAGUUGGAAGUUGGAUCGGUUUCACGAUCAUGACCCAAUGUCUUCCAGCUGGCCUAUUCGCUUUUGCCGGCGCUUAUCAAAUGACAAUCUGGGCUCUUGGCAAACACAGGGCUUACAAAAAGGAAUUUUCUGAUUAUCCAAAAAGUCGAAAAGCUAUUAUUCCCUGGCUUUUGUAAAAUAAAAAUGCCAGUGAAAAAUUCGAAACAUGACAAUUUAAAUAGAUUCGAAGCGUCAGGUACCGCAAUUUUUUAGUUUUAUCGAUAGGGUUUGUACUAUUUAAAUAAAUACUUUGUAAACAUA